GCGAGCGCGUAGUCGCGCACCGACCGUUGCAGCGCGCGGCCGCCCUCGCCGCUCCCUCUGCACGCAGCCGGCCUCCGAUGCCCGCCAGGACGCGACGCAACUCCGCGAUCUGUGCCCGCGCAGUGCUUACCCCCUUGUGUUACAUAAAAGCCACUAAUCGGUGCUACAUAAGUGAGUGAUGCCGAGAACGUACGAGAGACGCACUUGGACGCGCUGAUGAUGCCCCAAAUUACAUUAAAUGGGUGUCGUUUCGCGGAGUGAGCGAUGAACGGCGCACUAAAAAAAUGAACUGUUAAACCGUGACGUAACAAUAACUUUGACAAAAUGAAAAACAGUGAAGAGUGUUUAGACUGAAAUACAGACUAAUAAUAAAAAGUGUGAUAUUUAAAGUUAUUCAAAAGUAGUUAUAGUUAUUUGUGUAUAACUAAAUGUAUAUUUAACAAAGUAAAACAGUUAUUGUGAAUAUAACAGUGAUAAAGAACGAUAAAUUGAAACAGAAGGAGUAUAAGUGAAGCCGGUAUUGGAAUAGUAAUAUUGGAGUGUAGAGGCCGCACAACUCUUCGUCGCGGCGACGGUGGCAAUCGCAGGCAUGGGAAUCAAAGUCAUGAUGAAAGCUUUCAAUAAGCCAAAGGACAUCCCAUCGCAGGUGCCGCCGCUCACGCCCGGCACCAACAAGAAGAUGGCCGAGGCGCUGAAGGCCACCUUCGCCUCCUGGGAGAAGGAGCAACUGCGCCUCGGCGUGCCCAAAGAUCCUCGUCAAUGGAGCGAGGCGGCGGUGGCGGCGUGGCUGCGCUGGGCGGCGCGCGAGUUCUCGCUAGAGGGCGUUGCGUUGCAGCAGUUCGCACGUGCGCAGGGGAAAGACAUCUGCGCCAUGGGACGGGACGAGUUCGUAGCUCGCGCACCCGCUUUCAUGGGAGACAUUCUAUGGGAACAUCUCGAAAUAUUACAAAAAGAUGUGGAGAAGGAGCGUUCCCUGAUCGCAAACGUGCCGCCGAACAUGUACGAGAGCAAUGUGUGCCUGCCCGAGCUCGCGGAGUACAUCCCCCCACCCGCGCAUCAUUACAAUAAUAAUAAUACUGGUGGCUACACGACCGGCGGUCCACGGGAAGCGGGCACCUACUACCCCGAAGCGAGCGGCGCGACCUCCGCGCCGGGCGCUUCGCCACUCGAGGAGUACUACCCGCCGGAGUACCCGGCCGGAGCGCCCGCCGCACCGCCGCAGCCCUACCUCGACGACUAUUACCACCACGCGCAUGCACACGCGCAGCCUCUACUCACGCACGAACAUAAAUACCAACCGCACACGUAUAACAAGCCAUACCCACGAAACAGCGGGGGUAGAUAUGGCGGCGGUGGAGAGGUUUACGGCGAGGGCUACGCGGCGGAGUACGGCGGCGCGUGCGACUGGGCCGAGUGGCCCGCCGAGCAGCAUGCGCUGUUGCCGCAGGACAAGCUGCCAUACCCUGCCACCGGGCCCUGCUUCACUGGUUCAGGGCCCAUCCAGCUGUGGCAGUUCCUACUGGAGCUACUAACGGACAAGAGUUGCCAGGGCUUCAUCUCCUGGACCGGCGAUGGCUGGGAGUUCAAACUCACGGACCCUGAUGAGGUGGCGAGGCGCUGGGGAAUCCGCAAGAACAAGCCCAAGAUGAACUACGAGAAGUUGUCCCGCGGCCUGCGCUACUAUUACGAUAAAAACAUCAUACACAAGACCGCCGGCAAGCGCUACGUCUACCGCUUCGUCUGCGACCUGCAGAGUCUGUUAGGAAUAUCCCCUGAACAAUUGCACGCCAUGUACGAGCCUAAGAUGGAGAAGAAAGACGACGAUUGAAGCGACCGUCAUCGGAAUUAAAGCCAACAAGCGCAUGUCACAAGCAAAACCACAAAUGAGACCCAUUUUACAUUAGAUCGUCGAUUAUUUCAAUCACUUAUUUAACUUUGAAUUUUAUACUCAUAUUUUUAUGGCUGUAAUUAGAAAUGGCAGCGCCCUGAUCAUGGUGAUUUUUUAUGACACAUUUCUACAAACUGGUUUAUAUAACCGUGGGUUUACACUGCUAUCAUGCCUUACCAAUACGAAAAAAACAGAUACAAAAAUGCUGUACAGGUGUUUUGAUAAAGAAAACCUUUUGGGAAAAAUGAUUGUUUUUAAAAAAAAUGGUAAUGAAUAUUGUAAUGAAAUAAAUAUUUAUUACAUAUAAACUUGGUGCUGUACUUUAGCCACGUAAUCACAUGGUUUUGAACUUUUUUGUCAUAUGUUAUUUAAAAACUAUUUUUCCACACAAUUCCUUGAUAAAUGUAAUUGGUUUGUAAAAAUGUGUCAUAGGUAACUCUUAAACAUAAAAAAUGCACGAAAUCUUGUCGCCACGGGGACAUUUAACGAAACGAAUGUUACUAAAAUUAUUUUAUUUUCCUGCGUCUCUAAAUUUUAUAAUUUACUAAAGUAGGUGUCACAUAAAACUUCGGACUUGAUCUCAUUUCAUCCACCAGUGGAAUUUAUACUUAUAAAAAAAAAAUAACACACGACCGCGUUGAUGGUUCUAUUAUAAAUACAAUUAACAUAUUAAACCUUAUAUAUUAAGUAUCCAUUCACGACCAACGGUGCCUUACUAUUACACAACUUAUUGUUGUUCAUAUUUUUGUUUCGUAUUAUUAAAAAAAAUAACUGUCACGAUCAGUUUCUUUCUUAUUUAAGCCUUUCCAUUGGAUAUAUUUACGUUUAUUAUUAAAACAUUAAAAAAACGAUUGUUUUAAUUGUAUUAAAUUUAAAAAGAGUAUUAAUUCAUUUUGGAAAAAAAAUAAAGUUUCCUAACACAUUAGAUCAUAAUAAAAAUGUAGAUCUCGCGUUAUCUGUCAACUUUAUUUUUUAUUAAUUCCCGCCAAAUUAAUGCUGUGCAAUCUGGCACAGAUUAUAUUUCAAACAAGCCUGUAAAAAUGUGGUUAAACGGAUUCAAUUUUUUAAUCAAGAAUCUUAUCCAAUUAUAAAGUACUGAAAAAAAAUCAUAUAUAGAUUAAAUAGUAAAAUUCUGCUAUCGAUUUAAUAAUACUGUAAAUAUAAGUUAAUUUGUUACUUUAUAAAGAUAAUUAGGUAUUAUAUUAUAAUAGUUAUUAAGUGUUGUAUGUUUGAUUCGCAAUUGUUGCAAUAUGCGGUUAAAAUAAUACAUAGAAUGUUGGACAUAAAAAUUAUUUUCUUUUUCUAUACAGAAAGGUCCAAAGAUUUCGGGGAUCUAAAAUACCCACCAAUCGGUGAACCUAAUGCGAAAUUACCAAAGGUACUUUCUCUGUUAGGCAAACUGCAAGUAGCAAUGUAAUCAGUUUUUACAACAGAGUGCCAAGAACUUUCGGGCGCCAAAUGUCUGGUAUAAAAUAGCAACAUGCUGCAACAUCGGGUGACGUCAACUUGUCGCUGAUCUCGUAAUAAGGGAUUGUAAUGUCUAACUAGUUAUGAAAUUAAUUAGAUGUAUUAUUUUCAAUUUUUAUAGCUCCUAGCAUACACCGAAGAUAUUUCGAUAAGUUUUAUUUUGUAAAGUAUUUCUCCUCCAUCAAUAUCAUACGGUUAUCGCCAGCACGCCCGGUGGAUUGCGAUGCGUUGGUGCUGAAACUACAUAUUAUCAUAAUAAAUUCGAAUGUCUUCCCCGUUUGUUUCGAUAAAUUAGUAUUUCUUUAGAUAAGUUAAAUUUCAUAUAGCAUGUGAAUUCAACAUAUUAUAUUAUUCGUUAAUGAGCCAUAUUAUAAACAAGAAACGUUACGUUUUACAUCUAAUUGCAGCCAAAUUUUUAAUGAAAUAAGUGUCGUUGUAUGUAUUGAUGGAAGAUAUAAAAUUAAAUAUAUAUAUUUACGAAAUCA